AUGAGUGGUGUUCUGAUGAUCAACGAGCCAGGUUGGUACCACCUCUGGAUGGCGGCGGACGAUGCCUCCCGCCUCUUCUUAAAUCACAGAGAGAUUGGGAGCCUCCGCGGCUGUGGUGGCACACGCCACAGGCACAUAAAGCAGAAGCUGACAAUGGGGAGCUGGCCAAUAGAGGUGCACUUCUACGAAGCCGCGGGACACGCUUCCCUACGCCUGGAGUACCAAGGGCCGGACACGCACAACAAGAGGGUGAUCGUGCCAGGGACUGCUUUCGCGCACAUGGCGGAUAAGACCAUGUGGAUGCCGACCUCCGCAAUUGCGCGUGGUUGUAUUGGAAACACGGCCCUGGGCUCUCUGUGA